UCCCCGGAUAUGAAUGUACCGGAAUUCACGCUAAUCUAAUGUUUCGCCUUCCAGCAAUGACGUGCCCGAUGAUAUUCUCAUAACAAUCCAGAGCCUCGGUUGAACAAUUAUUAGGUGCUUUUGGAGCAUCACAUUGCUUUCAUCUUAGAUAUUAAGUGCAGUAUAUUCCCCAUUCUUUCGACACAAAGAAGGAACUAAGAGUUUCGCAUUCAGCGAUCGAUGGACCGUGAGACGGUGCUGUUCCGAGCCCUUUAGCUAUCCUUUCGCCUCAUCGUAAGUCACACGGGGCACGCACCGGCAACACAAGCUUUCUUAGAUGGAUAACCACCUGUCCAACCGUUGUUCCCGCGCUUUUCUCAGAGACCCGUUCAACCACCCCUUCCCUAAAUAUAGAGAACUUUUGGCAUCUCUGGUUUCUGUUUAACCUUGAUUUACCCCAUUAAUCGGGGUCAAAAUUACUGGUUUUGAUUGACUGGCACAGCAAAAGAUUGGAACAAACAAGCGCGUCCCAACCAAGAUUGUGUCUGCAACAUGUCAUUCCAUCUUUGUUUUUGACGAACGCAAAGAGUCAUAAGCACUCGUCUUGUCGCGGAUCGACCAAUUCGAGCAUUAGGAACGCAUCUUUGGAGUGCGACCGCCUCUUCCGCCGCCAGCCCUUCAACAUUUUUGAUCUCGCAAAACCAAGCCUGAUUAGUGAUCCUUAGAUUAGCGGAAGAGAAUGGUGUUUUGCCGGUCGCGCCGAGCAAUGUCAAGAUGGCCGUUCUUCUAUUCCUGACAAACUGUCCGACAGAGCUGAGAUCACCUUGGCGUUUCUCAACAUAAUCAUACAUGUGAGUUUGGUGUGACAAAACUUUCUGAUUUUCUGAUGUUAUCCAACCUUUGUUUCUUUUGUCUGGAAUGGUUAACCAGCCUUCUUAACACUUCCUCCUCUAUUCAUAGCUGAAGCUCUGGAGCCAUCCUAGAACGACCAUCGCUUCUCAGAGGGAAUGCCGACGAAAGUGAAGGGCCUCCUCAAGGGCCUGAGAUGUAUUUCGCAAAUAUUCGACAACAAAAAGGAGCAAGAAUUGCAGAUCGGGUUUCCGACUGAUGUAAAGCACGUCGCUCACAUUGGAUGGGAAGGCCCCUCCGCCAACGCCCCGAGUUGGAUGAACGAGUUUGAUUCGACUCCGCAACUCACGUUGCAGCCGGUUGAUCCUCUGGGUGAGACCACAGACCCUUCCAUCCAAUCAGUAUCGGAAAAUAUGAAGCAAACUGGGGCAGGAAGCCCGGACUCACUCUUGCGAAACAUUAAGGACGCACAGGACUCACCGAGAAGCCUACUAUCUACGAACUUUGGCUCACCUCAGAGCUCGACUUCCAAGCGUGGCUCUGAUGCGACAAAGCAUCUGAGGCGGCCCCGCAAAUCCGCCACGUCUGCUGAUGCCCCAACUCAAGAAUCAUCGCGCUCCACCCGACAUUCUAGAAGAAACCAGAAUUUGGGUCUUGGGGUAGAGUCAUCCUCACAUGAUGCCGCCUUGGUGUCGAAGCAAUCACGGAGGAGGAAAUCAAAGGGUUUAUCUGGUGGUGGGUCGACGAGAACAUUGAGAUCAAAAGGGCAAAGUCCUUCGAAUAAUGCAUCCUCAUUGACAGAGCAUGGAUCAGGGUCUGAACAUGGACAAGGACUAAAGAAGAUUCAGAGUCAUCUCAGCACAGUUACCGAAGUGUCUGAAGAAGGGAAAGGGUGAAAAGUGAUUAGUGAUUAGUGUACAUGCAAAUUGUAAAGAUUUGAACAAAAUCUUCCGAAACCAGGUUGUCUCUCUUGUUGA